AUGAUAUUUGUUUCAACAUUAAUGCUACUGCUGCUGCUGCUGCUCAGCUUGCAUUCGAUCCAGGUCUCGAGAGGUUACAUCAUCCACGAGACACAAAUCAUCAACAUCAGAGAUGGAGACAUCCGUCUGUCCAACAGACCACAACUUUUCCAAAAUGAAAAUGACCCCAACCACAAACCUCCAACUCAUCACCGUCAACAAAUUCAUCAUCAUUAUCAGCAACAAAAGCUACUGAAGCAACAACAGCAGCAACCACAACGGCAGCAGCGACAGCUACCGCAUCAGCCACAACAUCAUAUUCCUCGUCUUAGCAACAUCCAACAACAACUGUUCAGAAACAGCAGCAACAACAACAACAAUCUCGCAAGACACAAGCGAGUUUUUUCAAAACCGUUUGAUAUAGCGAAAAAGAAAAACCAAAUCAAUGUGAGGCAGAAAAACGCCACGGAAAACAAUCCAGCUAAAAAUACGCUGGAUGUCUAUAUUGCAGGAAAUCAGAAAGAUGAUGCCACCAUCAGCAAAUGGCAUUGUACUAUCAUGAGUGCGGAUGUUGGCGAGGGAGAUGCCUCGCUAGAAUUGUUGAGGAAAGAAUCUUGCCCUACCUCUUUCUCCACUAAUCCAAUGUGCAAAUCCUUCCGCGAAUGCCAGACACUCUACAAAACGAUGAAAAUAAUGCCAGUCAAAGGAUUGACAAUGGCCGAAUGCCUAUCUGUCACAAUGUAUACUUCAGAUUUUUAUUCUGUCUAUAACGCUGACACUCGACUAGGAAAGACGGAUAAUUAUAAAAUUUUCACGGCUCUUCUCUACACGGCAGUUAGAAAAUUGGACAAUAUGCCAGAGUUCAGCAUCGUAAAUGGAACAGUCUUAUACAGAGGGAUGAAAAAUAAAUACGACGCACCCGACCAAAGAUUUUACUUCAAGCAGUUCAUAUCGACCACACUUGAUCCAGAAAUCGCCGGGGGAUUUGUAGAGGAAGAGGUCCUGCUGGUACCGUUUGAAUCUUUUGAGAAGAUCGACCAGAAGAAGACGAGCGUCUCGGUCAUUAUUGAACUGCAAGCUUCUGACAGACAGGAUGUGAUACGUGGUGUCGCCACUUCAUGCCCAAAUGCAAAAAAUAAUCCUUCCUUGCCUUCCUUGCCUCCUUUACCUCCCUUGCCGAAUUCUGACCCAAGUCCCAACUCAAGUCCUAGACCUAGUUUUGCUGGUUUCAAGCGGCAAAGUUUGGCGGUGCUGGUAGCUGCGAUGACAGCUUCUGUGAGUAAUUCUACAAAAUGGCGGUUAGAAACUCAGCUGAACCCCGAAAUGCAGUUGAAAAUUGAAAUACAGCAAACCUGCAUUACGUCGUUCGGCUGA